AAUUUACGAAACAGAAGGUCUGAGAAAAUUCGAGGAAGAAGUCGUCACGAAAAGUGGUCUCUAUUUCUUUGUGUUCUGAGCGGAUUCGCGUUGGAGUACGAGCGAAAUUAGUUAUGUUCUUAAGUGCCUCAAAGGCAAUACAUAGUAUAGAGAACUUUGGGCCGGAAGAAAAAGAGACUAAAGAAGUUAUGCCGUCGAUAAGUAGUGGCAACAUGGUGGUAAAGAGGUAUUUUAUACGUCUGGGUGCUGGGCCUCGGCAGUGUUCCUGAUGUUCCCCGGGCUGUCAACGUGUCGUUUUCGACAGAGGGCACCAGCCUGGGGGUUUUAAAAGAGCCCCCUGUCGGCAACAGUUCGUUUGUGUACGAGGACGUUUACGUCGACAACGCAGCCGAACUGGUGCGGAAGAAUGCACGCGAGGCAUCGAACUUGUGCAUUGCGGUCACCUUGGCUGACAACAUUGAAGUGACCUGGACCACGUACGUGAUGGACGGACGACUCUAUGUGGAGGUCCCCAAUGGCAUCCUGCCGGAGGGUUCCAAAGAGAGUUUUGUCGCCCUCCUAGAGUACGCGGAAGAGGAACUUCACUGUAGUCACGUCCUGGUCUGCUUCAAGAAAGAACGCAAUGAUCGAGCUUCUCUCGUGCGGAUGUUCAUGUUCCUGGGAUUCUCCCCGGUCGCCCCCGGUAACCCGAUCAUCCCACGCUCUCCUGACCUGAUGUUCAUGGCAUCAGUCAUCGAGUAGCGUCACCGAGUGGGCAGUAUGGAAACCAGGAUCGUGGGCAUCAAAUGAAGAACUAAGAAGACAAGAGGCCUGUACGGAAAAGCUUCCUCCCUCGAAAACGACUCGAUGUAAAACUUUCGGAAAUUGACGUGAAAACAACUAACGAGAAGUUUCGAAAUUUAGAAAAUCUUCCUCUCAGAAAUGACAUUACAUGUAUUGUAAAAAUAUUUGGAGUUCGACUCGAAACCGGUAAAUUUUCGUAUGUAUUUUAAGAACAACUGAUUUUAACUACCGAUGGAACCAGGUUUCUGUGUUAUCAUUUGAACAAAUGUAAUUGUAAUUUUGAAAUUAAUGUCAUACAAUUAACAAUAAUAAGUGAUCAUCAAUUUAAAAACUGUUGUCUUCUUUCUCUGCCUUUGCUUCCUGUACCAAUUUUCAGCGUCCGAGACCAGAAAUUUUCAGGGAAAGAAUUUUAUAAGAAAGUAUCUGAGAAAAUAACUGUCUCCGAGUUCUUCAGCUCGACAUAACCCACCUGAAAAUCUUGAACUCAAAAAAUGAAAAUGAUAUUUGAGGAUUUUUUUCAUCUGGUCCUUCACAUCUCUGUUAAGAAUGCUGAAAAGGAUAGCAAAGGUGAAAGGGGUCAACUUUGUUUGAUUGAUGAGUCUUCAAAUGAUAAUGGGAGGGAAAUUUCUCUCCACAUAAAUUCCUUGAUAUUUCACUACCAAGUGGAGGAUACAACACUUAACUAAUAUGGGUUGCGUUCGUUCGUAUUUAAGAUACUACCGAUUAUUUCGAGCAAAAGAGAUAUUUUGUUGUGACCCGCUACGACAAGUUCUACACAGAAUGCGAUGCUUUUCUUACACAGAAGUAUUCGGUGAAUUGUUUUCAUUAGAUGAUGAUGAUGAUGAUGAAUUUGUCCUUUGCUCUUGUAGAGCUCUGUGGCUUAUAUUCAGUUGAUGAUGAUGAUGACAAAAAAUUGGUCCUUUGCUUUGAUAGAGCUCUGUGGCCUGAAUUUUUAACGAUGAUGAUGAAACAAUUGGUCCUUAGCUUUUGUAGAGCUCUGUGGCCUAAUUUUGAAAGAUGAUGAUGAUGAAGAAGACGAUGAUGAUGAUGAACGCCUUAACCCUUUGCUUUACUAGAGCUCUGUGGCAUGCAGUUAACGAUGAUGAUGAUGACGACUGAUGAUGAUGUAAUUGGACCUCGGCUUUCCUAGAGCUCUGUGGCUUCCAUGAUGAUGAGGAGAGAGUAGACUUGAAGUGACAGCACGUACUCAAUGGCUUGACUGAAGUCCAUGAAGAAAACUAAUGAAGAAGAAGAAAACUUGCCCUGUGCUUUGGUAGAGCACUGAGACUUGUCUGAAGAAGAAGAAGAAGAUGAAACAGAAGAAGGGAUCUUGUCCCUUGCUUUAGUAGAGCAUUGAAGAAGAAGAAGAUACUUGCCCCGUGCUUUGGUAGAGCACUGAGACUUGUUUGAAGAAGAUGAAGAAGAAGAGGAAGAGAAGAAGAAGAAAUCUUGCCCCUUGCUUUAGUAGAGCAUUGAGACUUGUUUGAAGAAGAAGAAGAUACUUGCCCCGUGCUUUGGUAGAGCACUGAGACUUGUUUGAAGAAGAAGAAGAGGAAGAGGAAGAGAAGAAGAAGAAAUCUUGCCCCUUGCUUUAGUAGAGCACUGAGACUUGUCUGAUGAGGAGGAGGAGGGAUCCAGAUUCGACAGCAGAGUACAUCCCUCGAAAAGCUGAUUUGAAUAUUUGUAGGACUUAACAUUGCACUUCGUUAAAUUCACAAAUCUCUCUGAUCAACUAUUGGUGGGAUGUACUUUUCGUCGGAGUUUGAAUUUAUUCAUUGCGUCAGAGUGAUGUGGUAAAGAUGUAACCCUCCCCUAAAGGUACGACCUGCCCUCCCCAACACUGCCCAGCCACCACCCCACACGCGUCACUCGGGGAGGCACAGGUUAUGGUGUGAAGCCAAUUAACAACCAGCAACAACAACAACAAACAGCAACAGCAACAACAUAUCUUUCGACGCGAGAAGGUGCAAAAGUGGGAAGCUAGUGACCUCGGUCGCAAUCAACAACCAGCAACAACAAGAAACAACAACAACAGCAACAACAUAUCUUUCUGCGCGAGAAGGUGCAAAGGUGGGAAGCUAGUGGCCUCGGUUACAACCGUCAGCAGCAGCGACUUCCACGGAAGGGAUAGGAACAAGAGUGGGAAGUUAACCCAAGUCAUUGACCAUGGCCGUGGCAGCAGAAGCAGCAAUGACCAGGUGAUUUCUUCCGUGGAACGAAUGGGAACCCGAGUGAGAAGCUUGCCGUGUCUUUGACACUGGCCGAAAAAAAACAGUAGCUCUAGCAGCAGCAGCAGUAGUAGUGGCAAUUUCCUCCGGGGAAGAAAGAGGAUCCGAGUGAGAAGCUUGUGGAGUCUGACAGUAACACCAGCAGCAGUGACCGAAAUAAAUACUUCUGUUGAGAAAAGCAUAAUUUGUGUGCAGCUCUUUGUCAGGCAUUAUUCAAAGUGGAGUUUAUCUGAUGAAAAGUACCUUCUUUGACGUGGUCUCCUGUAAUGUUAAAAGGAAAUCAUGUCUAGUUCGUAAAAUCACACAUUGAAACGAAAUUUGAAAAAAGUUGGACCAAUUUUCCUCAUGUUAUAUACAUUGACUACAUCACUGAAAAGUACGGAUGGAAAACUGCAAAUUAAGCCUGUUACUCUGAGCUGAGUACCGAGUACUCUUGAGUACUCUAAACAUUUGCUGAUAUUUGCAGUUUAUUGGGUGUUGAAAGUGUUACUCCGAGUUGAGUAUGUAUCAACACUUUCUGGUACUCUGAACUGACCUGUUGCCCUGUCGAGUGCCGAUAGAUCUGGUGGCAAAGAUCUUUAUCGGUACUUGACGAUUCAAACUUUGGGCUGUCGAGACUGGUGGUACUUCAGUGGCAGAGGUGUCGUCAGUCUCGAUUGAUAGGUCCCGCCUUGAUUGACGAAUGUGCACGCAUCACCUACAUCAUUUCCAUAGUGAACCAUUGACAACAUAAUAAUUGCUGUUGACAAUAGUUAGCGCUAAUCAAUGUAACGUUUUCGAUGUGACACUUUUGUAACAGCAACUAGCACCAUACGUGUUGUGGAUUGGGCCUAUACUAGGUGUUACAAAAAACAUCCCUGCCGUUACAUGCCCCUUGUAAACAUGUGUACACUGACUUCACAAUGCAACAGUUCAUUGCACAAGUUUUAUAAACAGCAAGCUUUGGGACCUAUCAGCUGAGAGUCGUCUGUACGUUUCUGUGAAAAUCUCGACAAUCUGUAAUAUUUUACUAACGAACGCAACGCAUUCUCCACGCAGGUCAGCUUAGUUUCUUCGUUAUAGUGACGCCCUCUGUCGAAGAUAUUACACGUUACCAGAUUUGUAAAAAAAUCGAAAAAUGUAAAAAAAAUGUAAAAAUUAUGAAAACGCAAAAAAAAAGGAGUAUUAUUGUAUAUUAUAUCAUAACUGAGUGGUUAUAAAACUGUCAUUGAAUUGAGUAUGUUUUCAGCUUGAAUUGCGCCAGAAUAUCGUGUGUUUCCAUAGAGAUUUGUGUUGGAGCUUUAGUUCUGUUUGAGUUGAAAAAUACUUGUCUCGCUAGAAAAUGCAACGGCAGUAAUUUGCAUCCAGUUAUACCAACUCAGGGUCAACUUCACUGGAUGGGGCCAUUUUGACCCACUUGAUGGUACUUGUUGGUGAUCUACUCAAGUUUGGUAAACAACGCGUUGCAUUUUCUGCCGAACAUAUUCAUUCUUUAUGUUGCUAUUUCAUUUUAUGGUACAGGGCCAAGUUGCUCAAUUAGCUCAGGUCAAUUGGUUUAAGAGACGAGCACAAGCUGAGUUGAACUCAUUAUCAUAGCAUUUAAGAGUUGAAACCAUUGUCACUGCCGACCCUGAUUGAGUAACUUGGUCCAUUUUGUUGUAAUUCAUGUAUAUCGUAGAAAAACUUUAGGCCUAACAUCGCCGACACUUUGGUGAAAGUUUGCGGCAUUUCUAAAAACAUCCCAGAUGGCUACGAGUUAUUUCAAAAAGCGAAAGUUGCAUUUGGGAAGCAAAUAUUGGCAGAAAUUUGGCCAACUCAUUACUUUUCAUGAGGUUAUAACUUUCAUUACUUUUCAUGAGGUUAUAACUUUCAUUACUUUUCAUGAGGUUAUAACUUUCAUUACUUUUCAUGAGGUUAUAACUUUCAUUACUUUUCAUGAGGUUAUAACUUUCAAAUGUACAGAAGGUACAGAGUUUGUUUUGGUUUCUUGUUUUGAAUCAAUCAGUGUCAUACAUGUGGGGCACCUUGUGGUCAGAGUACCAGGCUUUUUGUUGUGCUCAUACCACCUCGAAGGGAUAAACUCAAUUUUGUCACCUUAUCUGUCACCACAACUUUUCACCAAGUAAGUUAGAUUUUAAUAUGCAUUUGUAUGUAAGCCUGCACUUAGUUCUACCUUUAAAGUUUCCAAGAGGUUACCAUGGUUCCCAGUAAUCUAGUCCAGUCGGUCGCCACGGUGAUAUAUAUAUAUGUUGCCAAGACAGCAAGAAAAAUCAUGGCAGUCACUUUAUCAUUAGAGAAGUUGGUUGGGUCCUUUCUUGUAUAAAUAUUGAGUAAUCACCAGCAUUAUUCAAGAAUUUGUGGGAAAGUUGUUUCAUACUCAAAUGUUUGUGUACAUAUUCGGAUUUAAAGAUUUGCGUAUACAGUUGUCUGCAGUCAUUCCUUCACAUUCCACCAAUUCAGUGCUGGAAAACCUGUACAUUACAAAAUCCAUAGACUAAAAUUGGGGUGAUUCUCUUGCGGCCCGGAACUGUUACACUCCAAUCACCGCCCUGAUUCUGACGCCGCAGACAUGCAAUUUCAGGAUCAACGCUUGUUUGUCCACGCAGACAAAAGUCGCUAGUGUGCGGGUUUUAAAGUGACAAUCGCCCCCAGUUACCUUCUAAUUUUCAUUUUCAUUUAGUUAUAUUCUGGUUUAGUGUUAAAAUGAUGUUCAGUGUUUACGUUCUAGGAACUUUCAUUGUGUAGAAUCACUUUAGGUGUUUCAUUUUCAUUGCUGUGUAAGAAAUUGCCGUGGGAUAUUUUGCAUGAGAGGCUAAAUCUUGAGCACCAAGGGUUAAGAACUCCACCAGACACACAAUGCUCCUUCAAAACGAAGCGAUUCUGGUAGAAUGAUUGUAGAACACCAUUGGUGGCCAGGAUGUUUGCUACUCCAUGCAAGUGUCUGUGCUUUAUGUCAGAUGUUCCAAAUUGAGCGCUAGGCUUUGCUGUCAGUGUAAUAUCUAUUUGGAGCCAUUCUCUUGUUGGCUUCUGGACUUUGCAAUCGACCCUCACUCAAGCAGAUGUCAUAUAUGGUCUGCCCUCACUUGCUCUGAAACCGGAUUGUGUUGGGCGAAUCUUUGAUGAGAAGUUCUUCAAUAUGUUCUGGGUUUUAGAUGAGGUCUGACUGGCAUUGAAUGAGUUACCGUAUUUUCCGGAUUAUCCCCCGCACUGCCCUAUGACCCGCACCCCCUUUGACCAUUACCUAAAGCCACGCAAGACCCGCACCUGAUUAUGACCCGCACUGCUCCAAGACCCGCAUUCUCCAAAAAUAGUAAGCCAUUCAUUGAUGUUGACAUCCUAGAACCGCCAUGUUUUUUUUAAUUGUUAACCAAAGUGGAUCAAUUCCAGCAUGGCCGUAACUAUUUUCCCUAGCGGAGACAUCACAAACUAUGCGAUCAUGGCGGAAAUAUUGGUUGAAAACAAUGCGAAAACGAUGGACAUAAAUCCUUAUCAAGUAACCAGUUUGGUCCCCUUUUUUUUCUUUGGGGUUGGGGCUUAUCCCUCUCAGAAUCCACGCAAGACCCGCACCUUUGUAUUACCCGCACCCCCACUUUUUGGGCCUGUUUGAGGGCAAAAAGCCGCGGGUCAUACGCCGGAAAAUACGGUAAAUGGACAACUUGGGCAUGAGAUAUGUUAGUUUUUAUGACAAGAUAGCUUCCAGAAGGACCGAGACUUCUCCUCCGAACAGAAUCAUUGAAAAAUCAUAAAACUUGCAAUAUAGACUUCACCAAAAUGAACUUAACUGUUUGCACAUGUAUAUCUGAAAUUUGCAAAGCCAUUUCUAAAACCCAUUCACAACACCCAUGAAAAUCUUUAUGAGAUCAGCAUUUAGUGUGGUCAUACAAGUGGUUGUGGAUGGUGGGAUAUAGGCACAUUAUCCUCCUGGUCACCUCACUCCCAUGCCCAUGUUGUCCCUCGAGUGGUGACUCCUGAUAGAUAUUAUGGUCAAAAUGACAUUACUUGGUGUAAAUGUAUGGUCAUGUUGAACUUGAAGUUCGAAGGAGAAUGCUUAUAUUAUCAUUGAUUUCAUCGUAUUUUGUGUACAUUAUAUUCUAUAUUCAUCAUCAAAAAAUCUGGUAACAUCAUUGUAGUGGUCAUACGUAGUCAAUAAAAUGGAAAUUAUCCAAAA